AUGCACCUCCGUGUCAUCCUCCGCGUCAAUGUCCAUCAGCGGCGAACCAAUAUUGAUCAUGUUGCCGGUGUCCACGUAAAGCUUCUUGACUACGCCCGUGUAUCGGCUCGUGAUGUCAACUGCGGCCUUGUCACUUUGAACGGUGCAAACCGUCUCCAUCUCCUCGACCUCCUCGCCAACGGCCUUGUGCCACCGCACCAGCUCUACUUCGGAUAUGCCUUCGCCGAUGUCACUCAGCAUGAAGGUUGUCAGCUUGUCACGGCGGGGCGAUAUGUGGAAGAAGCGCCGACAGACCGUGCGAGGGAUGGCCCGAACGCCAAUUUGGUAAAAUAG